GCAACUUGGACAUAACGCGAAAAUCGUGUUAUGUUGUAUGAUGUUCGAGGUUCGGAAUGAUUGGCGUUGAAGAUAUUGCUCCAAAACAUGGAGUGAUUGUGGGGAAUUUAGGUUAAAUAGUAGUUGAAAUGAUUCCGCUUGGGGAAAGUGCCGGGAUUUUGCCAAGAGUCCCUACAAAUGGGAUGAUGAGCGGCGAUUUUCCAUUGACCAUAGUGAAACCGUCAUUCGUCGAUUUCCAAACUCUGCAGGUUUCUUCGCCAGUUAACAACAACUCAAGGACACAAAUAAGCAUCGUUCACACAAGGAAUCAAACAAGGGAGAGCUCUGCUUCAAGCCUGAGGAGUUUUCUAAGAGUUUGUCAAAAUAAGAAAAAAGUAGACGUAGUUGAACAGAAAUCGAAUGCUUUCGUGACAACAGCAACAAGGGCAAGAACAACAGUAAGGGUUCGUGAUGGCAACAACGCGAGAAAUCAGGAAUAUGGACAGAUUGACGAGAAAAGGGCUGCAUCUGCGAUAGAAGCAAUUUCUCUUGAGCACAAUCGUAUUAAAAAAUCAGAAUCAAGUGGAUGCCUAGAAAGCAAAUCAGACCCACUGAUAGUUGAAAAUAACAAAGAGGACUCACACACAGUUCAAGUGAAUACUAAAAAUGCAAACGCAGCGAACAAAAAACUCGCAAAAAAUAUAACAAAACGGAAGAAGGACAGAACAAAGAAACAGUCAAAGUCAGGGAAGACGAGAAAGAAAAGUAUCAAAAAGACUAAAACCUCUGUUUUUGAUCGCCUCACACUUCAAGAUGGUACAAAUCAACUAAAUUCUUCUUUCACAACAUUGUCGUCAGCUAGUAGUAGGCACAGUAGUUCCUCUGUCAUUUUCAACAAACCCAGUGGGGGCAUUUUAAACAUUAGUAAAAUACAGGCUAGCUACAUGCCUGUCCAAAGAACAAACAAAAAUGUUAUUUAUUUGCCAAAAGUGCCAACCAAAUCAAUUGCAACACAGCAAAAAGUUCCAACAAACCCUCCACGAAAGAACAUAAUUGAAAAUUCACCUUCUGUUCCAUCACCUAGGAAGGAAUUAGGGUGGAGCAUGCAGGAUGAUGGUAGGGUGACAUUUAGAAGGGUGUAUUUAUCUGAGAUGCAGUCAAAAAUGCUGGGUGGAGCACCUAGUGUGCCACCGGGGACACCUACAGAAGAACAAAUGAAAAGAGUCGAGUAUAUUCCAUCACUCUUUGAUGUCAAGAGUCAGCGUCUAGUGAAAGCAAAGCUUGAAAAAAUAGAGAUAAAAAUGAAGAUUACAGAGGAAAAACAAAAGGAAAAAGCGAUGAAAGAGGAACAAAAAAAAAUAGCAGUAUCAAUGGUCCAGCUGAGACAACGCCAGAGAGAGGAGAUCUACGCUCUUAAUAAAGUGAUGACACAGCUAGAAAAUGAAAACUUCAGGAAAUUCAUGAAGGAAAAAGAGGCAGAGGCUUUGUCAGUAUAAAAAGAUUGUUGGGAAUGCCAAAAGCAAAUGGUUGGAAAACUGGUCUUGUCAACCUAUUUGGAUUUUGGACUUGUUGAUACGAUUUUGUUAUGGCAGAAAGAUAAGAUUGCCCUGUAUCACUGUCAAUAGAGUUGGUGUUGGUAAUAAAAAAUGUAUAACAUGUA